AUGAAUAAUAUGAAGGUGUGCUUAGAGGGGCUUACGCAUACCUCGCGACCUGAAUCAAAGUUGCUCAUAGCUGCAAUGAAUUUCCUGGUAAAGGUCAUAGAGAAUAUGCCUGCGGCAGCACAGAAAAAUUUUGGUCCUCUCCUUUUCGACAGGGUUCAGAAAAUUCAGGAAUCUGAAGUCAAGAAUGGUGUGGCUCUGUCGCUUAUGUACCGAUGUCUUGGCAUACUCGGAAAAAGAGAUUCCGCUAUACUGACUGGACAAGCUGACAUUAUAGGACGUACAUUCAAAAGUAUUGCAGAGAGUCCAGAUGACGUAGCUUAUGCUGUUGUCGAUUGCCUCACACAGUGGCUGGAUGGUUUCCGGAAACUAAAGGAUGCAGAGCUGAUGGAGAAGUUGAAAACGUUGAUUCAAGAAUUCAUCACACAUCAAAAUCCCAAAUGUCGUCUUAUCGCCUUGAAGUAUAUGGAGGCUUUUCUAACAUCCGACGAAAUGAGCUUGAGGUGGACGUUGUUGCAAGCUUGUGGGGACACUCGAGACGAAAUUCGUGGAGAGGCCACUCGCCUGUUGGAUAUCUCUCUGCAGGUGGAUGUCUCGCCUGAACAAGUCGUUUCUUAUCUGUGGGAUCAUCUCAAAUAUGACAUAUUUGAUCUGGAAGCAGGGAAGGAAAAAUCUUCUUCCUCUGACAGUGUAACACCGGCUGUGCAUCAAAUGUGCUCUCGUUAUUUGUGGGCAAUUACGGGUCGAUCUGCUGGUGUCCAAAUUGAUACCAAAACUACCGAAUCUGGUUUGGAAUGGUUAGACGUUUCACCGAAGAUAACUCGUCAACUUCAGCAGCUGAGCAGCAGUACGCAGGAGAAGAUGACAGCUAUUGCGUUGAAGGCCUUGAACAAUGCUCAUGGUGAGCCUAAUUAG